GAAAAUAGAUACCUAUAUCAGUGUCAAGACGAUCAAAUCGGAAAACAGCGCCGGCCACCUUCUUUCCAUAUCACUCGCCGGUGAUAAAGUUUUGCGUUUUUCUCAAACAAAUAACCAUCCAUGGCUUCAUCGACACAGAAUCAUCAACAACACUUCCCGACGUCGAGCGGCACCACAUCAGCUCCACCACCCACACCUUCCACUACCAAACAUAAUUUCACCUCCACCUCGGACUCAGCCGCCACGGAUCUUCUCUCCCGUCUUCUCCACCGCCUCCCACCAACUCUCUCAAACACCCCUCUAUUACUCCGCCGCCGUUCUUCAAUCGCCACCACCACCACCACCUCUCCUCCAGUAGUCCCCUUUUCCGAGCUCAACUCCUCCCUUUCCACCACCCUCCCUUCCGUUUCCGAACUCGGCUUCUUCCAACUCACCAGCCACUCGAUACCCUCCGAACUCGCUCGUUCAGCCGAGUCCGACUCACUCUCUCUUUUUAACCUCCCUCGCCACCUAAAACAUCAACACUUCCCCAGAAGCUGGCCGCUCGGUUUUGACGAUGACGAUGACGAUGACGAUGAAGAAGAUAACGGUACCGGAGAUUCGUUGUUUCUUGACUCAUCUUGCUCAACGGAUUCAUCCGAGUUGUCUCUGAGUUCUCUACGCGAGUUCACUCGGGAAAUGGAGAAAAUCGGGUUUGCUGUCGUGGAAGCAUUAUUGUGCGCGAUGGGGUUACAGAAUCCGGCCGGAGAGGACCCGGAUAGUCUUUGUUCGAUGAUGUGGGUAUCAAACAGAUCGGGUUCACCCGAUGAUAAACUGGUUGGGUCGGGUGUAUUUUACCCGUAUGUGGUCGGGUUGCAUUAUCAAUUUCGGAGCCAAAGUUGUUCUUUGUUGGCGGAUCCGGGUUGGGUAACCGUUUCGUCCUCAAUGGAUUCGAUAUUGGUUACCCUUGGAGACAUCGCUCAGGUAUGGAGUAAUGGAAAAUUGAAGAAAGUAAGUGGGAAACCGGCAUUAAGCAUGGAAGAAGGAAAUAAUUCGUCCCCAUUUACAUCAAUGUCUCUUUUAGUGACAUUGCCACUAGAGAGCACUGUCUCUCCUCUUUAUCCAAGGGUGGUGAUUAGCAACCAUGACAACAAGAACCAGCAUGAAGAUGAAGAUUCUGAAAGUAAUGAAGUUAAUAAGUUUAAUUCAUUUUCAUUUGAAGAUUAUGCUUGGAGAGUUUAUCAUGAAAGAGUUCCUCUUAAAGACCCCUUGGACAGAUAUCGCAUUUGAUCUUUAAUUGUAAGGGAUCAUGAAAUGUUUAUUUCUUCAAUUUCCUGUUUAGUUUGUUGUGCUACUCUUUCUUUUAUAAAAUGUUAUAUACUUUUGGGAUAA